UAUCCUUCAUACAAAACAGUUAGCGUUAACCUUGUGUUAAGUGGAAUGAUGGUUGACAAGUUAACAGUUCCAAAAAACCACCAUGAGAAUCCAUUUCAGAUGCCCCCAGACUCAGAACUUUAUACCCUGCAAGCAAGAGAGAAAUCUGAGAAACAUAAGGAGAAAAGAGAUUCAUACAGUCUUCCCAUUUAUGAAAAGUCAACUAAGGCUGCUGAUUUGAAGUCUUAUCAUACAACAUUACGAAAGGUGCGAGAGUUAGGUUUGGAGGAAGGAAGAGUCACCAGUUCUAAUUUAGUAACUCCAGGGCAGUUGGAUCCUGAUUUUGUUUUGAGUGUUACAAAAGAAAGAAGGUUUGAGAAAGAAAGUAUAGCAGAAUAUUUAGCAAAAAAGAGAGAGAUGUUUCUUAUUGAGUAUUCUCUUGGGGUUAAAAGAAAGGAAAUCAGUAAGCUUUACGAGAUAGCAGAAAUGGAAGAAGCACAGGUUAAACUUGAAGAAGAAAAUUUGGAGAAAAAUGCUGAAGCUUUUAACAAAUUUGUAAAAGAAAGUGAUCAACUGGCUAUGGAAUCAGUGAAAGAAGCUGAAAAACAAACUAAAGCCAAACUGGAAAAAAUGGCUGAAAUUAAACAGUUACAAGCUCAAGUUGUGGGUAUUCAAAGUGAGAUUUUUAAAUUGGAAGAGUUGCUGGGAGAAUACAAACUAUAUGAAAAGUUUUUGGACACUUUAUCUCCGAAGGAAUGGCAAGAAAAUAAAAAUAAUUGCAAGAAUGGAAAAACAGAGCUUUCAGCUUCUUCUGCAUCCUCACAUAAAUACAAUGCACACACUUUCAAUAGUAUAUCAUCAGAUAGUGGCUACAGCGCUGGAGAAGAAGAGAAUAUGGAUGAGGUUGAGCCACAACUUUAUUUCACUCAACCUGACCAAGUGUUGAAGGUUCUUCAUGACAUAGAGGAACAAAACUUAUCUCUGAUUCAGCAUAGUCAGGAGACACAAGAAAACUUGGAGGAAAUGGAAGAGAUUUUUAGAAAAACACAAGUCAAAAUGAGCAAAGAGACAGAAACAUUAAUAGACCAAGUAAAGGUUUUGGAAACAGCCAUUAAGUGGGAAGAAGAAAAGGCCAUAGAAUUAGAAGUGAUGGCCAAGCUGUUUUCAUUUGGAGAAUAUAAAGCUGAAGACCAAGAGAAGAUGCUUGCUGAUCUCAACAAAAAAGUGGAAACUGUUUAUCGAGCUUGUAUUGGAGAAAAUACUGCUAACAUCAGUACUCUGAUGAUGUUAACAAGCAUUGAAAAUAAGCUAGAAGACCUGCUAGAUGCAAUAGACUCUUUCCCGCAGCAUCGACUGGAAGCUGUUCGUAAGGCAAAGCUUCGAGAAAAAAGGAUACAUGAAAGAAAUGAGCUGGAAGCUGUCCAACGUAAGCAUCAAGAAGACAGAUUAAAGAAAGCUUUAGAGAGAGCCUAUGCUGUUAACAAAAAAAAGGCUGUCCGUAAACUGAUGCCACGAUCUGCACCACACCAAAGUCGUGGAAACCAGAAAGAAGCUGUUGAGAAGGCGCGCCAAGAGGAGGAAGAAGAAAAUAUUUAUUUUUUUACAUGAUAUGUAUCUUUAUUGAAAAUUAUAAAUGAGAGUAUAUGUGAUUCUUGAUAUAAAACAGCACUAAAAUUAUGUAAUUUACUAUACAUUUGUUGGUAUCAUUUUAAAGAUAUGUUUUCUAUGGUCUUUAAACUUUUAGUUGGUAUUUAUUUAUUACCUUUCUGUAGAAGGUAUUAUGUAAGCAGUACUUGAUUACAUGUGAUGAGUGACAUCAAUUUCACUUACAAGACUUAUCUAUCUGUAUACAUACACAUAUGAGGAAAAUAUAC